GUUUACUUUGUGAGAAUAAUCAAACUUAUAGAAAUUAGAAUAGUGACAGGUGUGAGAGGGCUAAUUUGUUAGUUAUAUAGUAUUAAUAUUCCCUCGAUGAAAUAAAAGAUUAAAAUAAAUGUUCAAUCGAAUUACGAGGUUGCCUGGAUUAUAACAUGAAGUCGUAGAAUGCUUUUAUUUUCAUGAAUGUCAAAGUAAGGGCAUGAUAAGAAGAUACAAUGUGCUAGUGUAGAAUGGAGAAUUUGCCUUGAAUGCUGAUGAAGCAUCCAAAUUCGCUAUAAUAUUUGAUCCUAGCGGUGGAUUGAUUCUAAAGUCUUAAGUUCAUGCAGGAGGAAGAGGCAAAGGUAUACAAAACCUAUAAUAUUCAAAGAACUUUGUCAAAUGGAUUGAAAUGAGGAGUUAAGAUCUGCGAAACUCCAGAAGAAGUUGCCGAUUAUAUCAAAUAAAUGAUUAGAAAUAAGUUGGUCACUCAUUAGACACCAAAAGAAGUAUGUUGGAGGUGAUGCCAAUAUUGAAUGAGUCAAAACUGUUUUUGAAAUCUUGAAUUCUCAUUCCAAAGUCA